CACCACCACUCUUUCUGAUCGACUUGACUCUGCUCUCUUUGUCUCCUUUAAGUUAUCUUCCGUCAAUGGAUUCCUUUGCUGGAUUCGGCAAUUCUUAUGAAUUCAGCAGCACUAGCUUCUUCUUCACCGCACCCACCGACUCAUCUAUUCUUUAUGCCCCCACCGCACCCGAUGCAUCGGCGCUGCAACUUCUCUCCAACAGCCUCGAGUCCGUCUUUGACUCGCCGGAAUCUUUCUACAGCGACGCCAAGCUUGUUCUCUCCGGCGGACGGGAAUUAUCCUUCCACCGCGUUCUUCUCGCAGCGAGGAGCCCCUUCUUCAGAAACGCGCUGACCACCGCCGUCGUGAAGCUCGAGCUGAAGGAGAUCGCCAAGGAUCACGUCGUCGGCGUUGACUCGGUGGUCGCCGUUUUAGCGUACAUUUACAGCGGCAGAGUGAAGCCGCCGCCGAAAGGAGUCUCCGAAUGCGCAGACGAGAGUUGCUGCCACGUGUCCUGCCGGCCGGCGGUGGAUUUCAUGGUGGAGGUUCUGUAUAUAGCUUCCGUCUUCGAGAUUCAUGAACUAGCUACGCUCUACCAGAGGCAUUUACUGGACGUUGUAGACAAAGUUGUUGUAAUAGAGGACACAUUGCUCGUACUCAAGCUUUCUAGUAUCUGUGGUGAAGCUUGCAAGAAGCUAACAGAUAAGUGCUUAGAGAUUAUUGUCAAGUCUGAUGUCGACUUAGUUACUCUUGACAAGUCAUUGCCGCAACACAUCGUCAAAGAGAUAGUUAAAUUCCGUAACGAUCUCGGCUUUGAGGUGCCUGAGCUAGAGAAACAUGUCUUGAAUAUAUACAAGGCACUUGACUCUGACGAUGUCGAGCUUGUCAAGAUGCUUUUGACCGAAGGCCACACUAAUCUUGAUGAUGCCUACGCUCUUCAUUUCGCUGUUAAGUAUUGCGAUGUCAAGACCGCGAAUGAUCUCCUUGACCUAGAGAUUGCCGACGUUAACCUUAGGAAUCCAAGGGGAUAUACGGUGCUUCAUGUUGCCGCCAUGCGCAAGGAGCCUGAUCUGAUACUAUCUCUAUUGACAAAAGGGUCACGUGCAUCGGAAACGUCUUUGGAAGGUAGAACGGCUCUCUUGAUUGCGAAGCAAGUCACUAUGUUGGCUGAGUAUAAUAAUCUUGCGGAGCAAUGCAAGCCUUCUCUCAAAGGUAGGAUAUGCGUGGAGAUACUAGAGCAAGCGGACAAAGGAGAUCCAUUUCCUUGGGAUGUUUCUCCCUCUCUUGCAAUGGCGGACCAUGAACUCAAGAUGAGGCUGCUCGAUCUUGAAAACAGAGUUGCACUGGCUCAACGUCUCUUCCCAACGGAAGCACAAGUUGCAAUGAAUAUCGCCCAAGUGAAGGGAACAUCCGAGUUCACUGUGUCUAGCCUCGACCCUGACUAUCUCGCUGGUGCAAAGAGAACAUCACCUUUUAAAAUCCUAGAAGAGCAUCAAAGCAGAUUAAAAGCGCUUUCUAAAACCGUGGAACUGGGGAAACGCUUCUUCCCACGAUGUUCGGCAGUACUUGAUCAGAUUAUGGACUCUGACGAUUUGACUCAGCUGGCUUGCGGAGAAGGCGACACACCUGAGAAAAGAUUACAAAAGAAGCAGAGGUACAUGGAAAUACAGGAGACUGUGAAGAAGGCCUAUACUGAGGACAAGGAGGAACAUGGAAAUUCCUCUCUCUCAGCUUCGUCUUCUUCCACGUCCAAAUCAAAAGCUGGAAAGAGGUCUAAACUCUACCAUCGGCGUCGCUGAGACUCUUGGGGUAAUUUUUUUCGCUGCACCAUAUAUUAUUCUGUUUUCAUGAUUGUUUACUGUCUAUAGUUGCCGUCGUAUAGUUUUUUUUUUGGCCAUAGGCGUCAUAUAUUUUAUUCUUCAUACACAUCCUGUGUUUUAGAUCGCAGGUAUGUACCAUAACAAUAACCCGUGAUGGUGUUACAGAGUUUACAAGAAGCAAAGUGUGAAAAAAUGACAAAUGGUUAUCUACUAAUUAUCUUCUUCUAAGAACCAAAAUAAUAUUCAGUUUCCCUUGCUAUCACCACAGUUUAAGGUCAACAAGAAACUGUUCUCCAAACGUUUGGCAACGUUCAUGCACGAACUUUCAGGAUGCACUUUAGUCUGCAGCAGCCGGAAGUUGUUUCAAGCUUAAUGUUCAUCUCAUAGUUUCAAUGCAUCCAACAUUUUUAUUUUAUUUAAUUCAUUAAAUAUGUGAAUUUCAUAUAAAUAUGAAGCUGAUUUGUAACAAGUACAAAAGGAGGUGAAUUGUAAAUGUUGAGCCAGAUCUAGCAUCGAAGUUGGAUUACAUAAGAGGCGAGAUACGGAAUAAUAGGACAUGUAUACUUAACUUGCCGGAUUAUGAAGCCAUGAGUUCUUGGUGAUGGAGAAAUGGUCUCUCUUGGGAAAGGUGGUUUCUAACACCGUGACUCCGUGAGAGAGCUAGGUUGAAAAACAUCUAUGUGACUCUUGCUUUGUGAAUCUAGCUCUCUUUCACAAUCUCAUGACUUUUUGGGUUUCUGAAUUUUACUUCUUACCCACAUUUGUAUGAGAUUAGUCUAACAAUGCCUACUGGUAUUUCUUUUGAGUUUUUUUUGAACUGUAAGAAUACUUAUUGAACUACAAGUGUUAAAAAGGUCUAGGUUACGCAAAA